AAGGGGACAAGAGGAGGAAGAACUCAACAACCCCUCUCUCUCUCUCUCUCUCUCUCUCUCUCUCUCUCUCUGGUGUCUAAAUCUUCAAUAUCUGAGCUUCGCUUGACCUGGAAACUCACUGGUUCUGUAAUAUUCGGUUUCGAAUCGGAUUUUUGUGAUUCUUAAGAAUAACACAACUUCAGUACACUUGCUUUUACCUGGUAAAACAUUGAAAGGUAGACUACACACAUGGAGUCCAUGAAGUGAAGAAGUAUCAAACUCUCCUGUCAAAGAACGUUGGGUAUACUUGCAGAAAGGCAUUUGAUACUUCUUGAGAGUACUCAAAGAAGUGGUUAUUUUUCAUGGAAACUUCACCAAAACAUGGCUAUGGGUCUGGAAGGUUCUAUGUUGAGCACCAAGGCUAUCACUCAUCUGAUAACACCAGCCAAGCAACAACUUACUCUUCAGUUCAAACUUUGGAACAACAUUACACCCUAGAAUCUUCCUCAAGGACAAACAGUUUUCCAAACCAUAAUAAUUCUCCAUCUUCUGCCAAUUUCUCACCUCAUGACAGCCCCGCGUCACAGCUGGAGUCAAAUUCUUAUGCGCUAAUGCCCCAGCAGUCACUUGAAAUCAUCAGUGGCUCCCUAGAGGAUGAAUCUUGCUUGACAAAUGACCUUGAUGACCUGAGCCAUGUGAUAAGAGAGUUAGAAACUGCUAUGCGGGGAACUGAUACAGAAAUUCUGGGGAUGUAUGACACUGUAGUUCCUAUGGAAUCUAAUCGGAUUUUGUCAGAGGCAGAGAAGUGGAAACUAACAAUGGACGUAGCAUCUAGAGGGGAUUUGAAAGAGAUGCUUUUUGCUUGUGCGAAAGCGAUGGAUGCAAAUGAUAUAGAGAUAACUGAAUAUCUGAUGUCUGAGAUGCGAAAAAUGGUGUCCAUUUCAGGCAACCCAGUCCAACGGAUAGGAGCUUAUAUGUUGGAAUCUCUUGUGGCGAGGAUGGCCUGUUCUGGAAGUGCAAUCUACAAGGCCUUAAAAUGCAAGGAGCCUACUGGUAACGAACUCCUUUCCUACAUGCACUUGCUGUUUGAAAUCUGCCCAUACUUCAAGUUUGGCUAUUUGUCAGCAAACGGGGCGAUUGCCGAAGCCAUGAAGGAAGAAAAUAGAGUCCAUAUUAUUGAUUUUCAGAUUAACCAGGGGAGCCAGUGGAUAAGCCUAAUUCAGGCUCUUGCUGGACGACCAGGUGGGCCGCCAGCACUCAGAAUAACUGGCUUUGACGACUCCUUUUCAAAUUUUGCUCGUGGAGGGGGCCUCGAUAUUGUGGGGAAAAGACUAACAAGACUUGCACAAUCGUGUCAGGUUCCCUUUGAGUUCCAUGCUGCUGGUGUUGCUCCUUCAAAGGUGCAACUCGAAGACCUUAAGCUUCAACCUGGCGAAGCUGUUGCUGUAAAUUUUGCCAUGAUGCUUCACCAUGUACCGGACGAGACUGUGGACAGUCACAAUCCUCGUGAACGGUUGUUGAGAUUGGCAAAGCACAUCUGCCCCAAAGUAGUGACUCUGGUGGAGCAGGAAUCCAACACCAACCGGGUCCCGUUCUUCCCCCGUUUUGCUGAGACACUGGACUAUUACUUGCCUGUUUUUGAGUCAAUUGAUGUAGUUCUGCCAAGGGAGCACAAGGAGAGGAUCAAUGUGGAACAACACUGUCUGGCUCGAGAACUCGUCAACUUAGUAGCAUGUGAAGGGGCAGAAAGGGUGGAACGCCAUGAGCCUUUGAGAACGUGGAGGUCGCGCUUUGCCAUGGCUGGAUUUAAGCCAUAUCCAUUGAGCUCCUUCGUGAAUUCUACCAUCAAGAAUCUACUGGAGAACUACUGCGGAAAUUAUACUCUAGAAGAAAGAGACGGUGCACUAUACCUUGGUUGGAUGAAUCGACCUCUUGUUGCCUCUUGUGCUUGGAGGUGAAAAUCCCCCAGAACAGGAAAUUGAUUCAAUUUUGCCAUUGAGGGCUUUUAGUGAGGUAACCUAGUUCUGUAUAUUUUUAUUUCCCUCUGCACUCUUCAUUUCAUGGUGAAGUUACUCUUUACUUUCGUCAAAACCAUCUUGAAUUUCAUAUCAGCAACGUCAGUUUCAGCAAGCAAGGGAGAGUGCUGGUUUAUAUACUGUGAAAUUUAUCCAGGUAUGCGGGCUUGGGCCAAACGUAAUAGUCUUUUAGGUGUUGGUCUUAGGCUUACCCUAGGUUCAUAAUUAAAGGCCCGACAUGACCUAAGGACGACUUAAGUUUGAGCUUGAUACACAUUUAUUUUCGUAUCAAUAAAAUUACUAGUUUUUAAAA